AUGGAGUUCAAACAAUUAUCUUGUUUAGUUCUAUUAUUUUUCACUUUUGUGGAAAUUGACGCAUUGAAAUCUGGAGAAGAAUAUUGGAAAUCCGUUUGGCCAAAGACUCCUAUACCGAAUAUUCUCUCGGACAUAUUUAUCCCUGAUAAAGAAACUAAUGUACACAUUAGAGGUAACGAUGAGGACCAAGAUUGGACAGCUUUUUUCCAACAUGAUCUAUAUCCUGGAAAGAAAAUCAGCCUAGGCUUCCACAAGCAUUCUAACCGGCAAUCGUUAAGAUCAAAGGCAGGUCAACCUUUGGGAACAUGGAUAUGGAGUGAAACACAUAGUCUUAGUAGCUAUUGUAGAAAUCCAGCAGCUAUAGGUGAAGAGAAGUAUUGCGCGCCGUCGUUAAAAUCAAUGAUGGAUUUUGCUAUUUUGAAGCUUGGUAAAAAUAUUAAGGUGAUUUCGAGUUCCUUUGCGGAAAAUCAAGACCAGUAUGUGGUGGAAGAAGUAAAAAAAAUUGGAGACAAUACAGUGAUGUGUCAUAGAUUAAAUUUAGAAAAAGUUGUAUUUUAUUGUCACCAAGUCAAUGCGACAACGGGUUAUAUGGUUGCGUUGGUGGCCUCUGACGGAACUAAAGCGAAGGCAUUGACAAUCUGUCACCAUGACACAAGAGGUAUGGAUCCUAAGGUGCUUUAUGAAGUUCUAAAAGUUAAGCCCGGAGGGACUCCGAUUUGUCAUUUUGUUAGUAAUAAGGCUAUUGCAUGGGUUCCUAAUCAUGAUGGAAGUGAACAUAAUGAUAACCAUCCAUGUGUUAUAUAG